AUGGAUAUGCUACUCGACCUAUCUUCGGAUGAGGAAGAAGAACGACUUGGAGUCGGGAAAUACAACGAAGAAGAUUGCAAGGCUGCCAUUCAGGGGAUCCGAAUCCCAAAGACAUUCGACGAAGAGGUUCAUCGACUGUGCACCAUUCGCGGCAUUCGCCAUCACUAUGGCUUCGCCCAGGAGCUCCGGGGAACCAUGUCAGAAUUCACACGCGCUUUGAACGCCCGCGAUAUCAUGAGCGGUGUAAUUCCGACCAUGUCGUUGCCGGAGGAGGUGCCUUACUGCAUUUGGUAUCCAGAUGUCCCGGCGGAGGAGACUCUGCGGGCUUUGGUGCAGCGAUACCCGGACAUGCUUUAUCAUGUCGCUCGGGCUUGUGCGAUUGCAGGUUACGCUGAUUUGUACAUGGAGCUUGAUCCGCUUCCAGAGGUGCAUAUUGCAGAGGAGGCUGGCUACACGAGCAUGCAGAGGGCCAGCAGCGGCAGUCAACAGAUCUAUCAGCAUAUCAUGUCUCAGCCGGUGAGGUUUGAGAUCAUGAACGACUAUACACGGACGGUCAAUAUUGCGGCACCUCAAAUCGCAUCUUUGAAUGGGGAUACUGCUGUAUACGCGAGUCUCACUGCCAGAACCAAGUAUUAUGGGCCGCGCAAAUUUAAGAAUGAUCCCCCGCCAUGGAAUAAAUAUUGUCGCGACCCCCCUUAUUUCAAUAUUACGGAAGACUGGGGCAUUGACGACCAUGACAGCAGGGCCCCGGAUGCACCAGAGAUUUAUAUCUCACUGCUACAUAACCCUCUACCUACUAACCUCCCCUUCAUCGACAAGGACAAGCUCAUCCAUGUUGCCGCAUACAAUGGAGACAUCGAUCGUUACGCCCGGCUUCGACGGCCUCGGAUGCUCAAAGAUGAAUGGGCCAUGGUUGUACACGGUAUCUAUCAUCAUCCGUUCUUUGCCAAAUGGUGGAGUACCCAGAUUCCGGAGCACCCGCAAGAUAGAAAUGAGAUCAAUAUCAGGCGCGCGAUCAACGCCCGCCGCAUCAUGUCCAAUGAUCUGUCGUGGCUCACUGCCGAUACUCCCGGAAAGAUGUUGCCAGAGCUCAUUUGGUAUCCGAAUGUAGCCCACUUGACAACCUACGAAAGACUCGCUCACCGGAGACCAGACAUGUUUGAAGAGUGUCUACGAGCGUGCAUAGUUGCCGGGUAUACGCAUACGUGGGAUGAUUUGCUGCGCGCGGCACCUCAAAUCUUCAAAGAAGAGUUCGCACAGGGUUCUCCCGAAUCCGAUGCCAACUUGGACGACCCCAAAUUGCGGUGGCUGACCAAAUAUGCCAGCCACGCGCUGUGGAUGGAAGCCAACGCCUCCCCGAACAAACACUUCCAAACCGACAUUUCGAAUGCCGUGCCUGACGCCGCUGUGAAAUUGAAAAGGAGCCCUGACAGCGACUGGUGGGGGGACUACUACGUCGCCAAAUCUCUUUAUCACCCACAGAACUCGCCGACUAUUUUUUUCCACGACCCUGUCCAACCAGGGGCGUGUGAAGGCCCAUAUGAUGGAAUGGAUUGUGGUAUUGGUGAAGGUAUCGACCUUGCGUUGUUUCUCGGUGAUGCCCUCUCGAAGGAGACGUGGAAGAGAGAAAUCUUGGAUGAGGGAUCCACAACGGCCUGUCUGGAAGAAGUGUGGGACUUGUUAGACAUGAACCAAAAAUGAAUUGUUAC